AUGGCGCACGCGAGCGCGUCCACGCCGUGGCCAUCGAACGACAUGCCGCCGCUGAACGACAUCCAGGCCGCGCUCAUGGCCCCCGGCGGCGGCCUCGUGCACGACGCGCGCGGCGCGUCCGAGAUCGUUCGGGAAAAAUCGACGUACCGACUCGGCGCCGCGGAGGCGUCCGCGAGGCUGAAGAAGGCGACGCAGACGACGCGCCUUGAGCGCCUCGCGCAGGUCCGCGAGCAAGAGAAGGUGUGGGCCAAGUUCAAAGUCCGAGAGUUCCAGCGCUCCGUCAAGGAGCACCACGGCGAGCUCGAGAAUCAGCUCCGAGCGGGUUGGACGCGCGCGCGAGAGGCGAAGCAGAAGGAGCUGGACGAGGACUACGCCAACGCGGCCGCGGGCGUCGGCGCCGCGCAGCGCGCCGCGGCGUCGCUCGCGCCGCCGCUCGCGAAAGCGAAGCACGUCAAGAAGCUCGAGAAGCACGACGACGCGCUGGGCGAGCUCGAGCGGUUCGAACGCGCGCUCGCGAAGGAGUACGCGCGGCGAGACGAACUUCACUCGCCGCUGUUCGCGGCGAGGGAUAGACGCGUCAAGGCGGAUAAACUCGCGGCGGACGCGAGGAGGGAGAUGGCGGAGUACCUCGAGAGGACCGCGGAGACCAGGGCGAAGGUGAAGGAGCGCAAGUGCUUGGUGGAGAACCUCAAGAAGGAGACGCUGGACAUCAUCGCCAAGCCGUUGACGAUCAAAAACCCGAAAUCGUUCGAGGGGACGCACUUCAACGGGUUGAUUUUCGACAGCAAGGGCGUCGCGAUCGGACGGUCGCACAGACAAGGGAAAUACGUCGUGCAGCACAAAGCGCACGUCCUCGGAAAGGGCGCGCCGACGGCGGCGGCGAGCGAGGUCAAGGGCAGAUCCGUUACGGCGAAGGAUGCGAAUUACAAAAACGAAGCGUCCAAGGCGAAGGAUGCGUUUUCGGUGGCGUUCGCGAAAGAAAAAGCGCUCGCGGAGGGCCGCGACGACGACCUCGACAAGCUUCGCAAGGAGAAGGCGAAGGAAGCGAAGCGCGCGAACGCGGCCGCGAAGGUUGUCCACGCGCACAGGGACAUGCGACGGUUGAAAGAGGAGCUCAGAGUGCUCGACCGCGCGGAGCGCAAAGAAAAGGUGGACAAACUCCUCGCCGGCGGCGGGAUGGUCCACGCGCCGCUGCUACGGAAGUGGGCGAAGGAAAAGAAAGACGCGGAGGCGGCGAAGGCUGCGGAGGACAUCCUCGCCGGGAGGAUCCCAGAGUCGAUGAUGGCCGCGCACGUGUCGCACGAGCCGGGGAAGCCGCCGCCCAAGUCCCCGGCGGCGACGGGCGAGCGUCGGUUCUUCGACGACGCGGAGCCGUUCGACGACAUGUUCGACGACGACGCGGAAGCGAACCGAUGGCGGCGCGUCGAGGGCGCGGGCAAGGCGGAAGCGGUCGACGCCGUGACGAGGGAGAGGAUGGAGAACAACGCCGCGUUGCGGAAGAUCAUCGCCAUGGCGAAGAACGCGGAGACGCACGCGGACCUGGGGUACGACGCCGAGGGCGCGGAGUGGAUCGACGUCGCCGCGGUCGCGCGCGGGGAGACGGCGCCAGCGGCGUCGCGGUCGGUCGGUCGGUCGGCGGCGAGGGGACCGGCGACCGACGCGACGGUGACGUUCGUGCAGACGCUGAGCGACGACAGCGAGACGGACUCGGACGACGAUUUCGUCGGCGGCGGCGGCGGCGCGGGCCGCGGCGCCGGCGCGGGGAGCGCGAACAAGCGCAAGAGCAAGAACGAGGACGAGGACGACGCCGCGCUGGACGCCGCGAUUAAUGCGGCGGCGGCGGCGGCGAAGAGCUCCUCCGGGCAGGCGACGCCGGGCGGAGGGAACCGCGACGCCGCCGCCGCCGCCGCCGUGGCGAAAGCCGUCGGCACCGCGAGCGCGAAGCUCCGAAGGAAGGGCCUCCUCGGGCUCGAACCCACGCCCGGGAAGUUUGAGUACGACGCGAACGCGACGGAGGUCACCGCGACGGGGCUGGAGUCCAUGGCGAGGAAUUUAUCCCUGGACUUGGACGAGACGUCGAUGCGUCCGGGCGCGGGCGGGGGCUUUUACGACCGCACGGUGGACGUCUCGGAUGAAAACACCGCGAACAUUUUCUCCGCGACGAUGGACGACGCGGACGUCGCGUCGCCCUCUCGCGCGCGCGCGUUCGGGAGCGCGGAGAAGCGCUCCUCGAGCUCCGGCACCACCGGCACCGGGACGACGACGACGACGACGGCGACGGGGACGAUCGGCGGCGGGAGCUCUUCGAGCGGCGCGGCGGAGCGAGAGAUGCUCGCGUCGCUGGCGAAAACGUCCGAGGCUAUGGACGCGGUCUCCGCCGCCGCUGCGGUCGCGGAGGCGACGCUGCAGCGCGCGGAAGCGUCCGCGAUGGACGACGCGAGCGGCGUGAACCUCCCGACGCGGACGAACAUCCCGGAGUUGAAGGACCUGGACGACGUUCUCGGCGCGCUCGGCGCGCGGGUCCGAACCCUUGACGCCGUCGUCGCCGGCGCGCUGAGCGAUCGCGCGCCUCCCGCGUCGUCGUCCUCCGGCGAAGACGCAGCCGCCGUGGAUUUGAACACGAGCGCGCUGUACGCCGCGGCGAGCGCGGCGGCGAACAACUCCGCGCCGCCGUCGGCGUCGGCGGCGAGCGAGGCGGAGGCGGAGGCGCGGAGCCCGGGCGGCGCGGCGGCGACGGCGCCGACGCCUCUCUCCGAAGCCGGCGCGGGGACGGAUCCGUACGAUCUCACGCCGCAGAGGGACGCCGGCGGAGCGUUCGAGAGCGGCGUGACGCGGAACCUGCGCUACGAGAGCGCUACUCCCGCGGUGCGCGGCGCCGCGACGACGACGUCGGUGGUGGACGCGGAGGAAGUGUACGCGGCGGCGAUUCGCGGCGGGUUGCCCGUCGACAUCGCGGAGUUGGCGUCGAGCUUGGCGACCGAGGCGGUGAAGGCGAACCCGCGCGCGGAAAAGUCUGAGAUUUCCUCGCGCGUCGCCGCGGCGAUGUCGUCGAGGCUGAACGGCGGCGUCGUCGCCGGCGUCGACGGUCCCCCCGCGGAAGACGCCGCGCCGGCGGAGGACGACGCGGACUCGUCGUGGGCGCGAGCCUUGGGCGCGCUCGACAACGAGUGGAAAGAUUCGCUGCUUCUUCCCCCGGGGGCCCGCGCGAACGCGAGCGCGAGCGCGAGCGCGGGGUCCCCGACGAACGCGUCGUCGUCGAGGUACGCGGACGCGGGCGACGACUCCGAGGUGGACGACGACGCGGAGAGGUUCAGGUCGGACGCGCGCGUGUCUUACGCCGUCGUCGACGACGAGGACGACGACGAGCCGUCGACGACCGACGUGGACUUGAACGUCGCCGUCGAAGUCGAAGCCGCCGCCGUCGAAGCCGAAGCCGAAGCCGAAGCCGCCGGCGGCGAUCAGAACGUCUCGCUCUCCGUCGACGGGCGGUCGCUCGCGGCGCUCGCGAACGCGCUGGACGCGGCGUCGUUUGAUUUCGCGUCGGACGACAUGGAAGAGCUCUCGGACUCGGAGGUGGAGGAGGAGGAGGAGGAAGAGGAAGACGCGAUGGUCGAUACGCAAGCGCACGCGCCGGUGGUGUUUCUUCCGCCGCGCGCUCGCACGCUCGCGGCGCCGAUGCGCGCGUCCUCGGUCGCGAGCGCGAGCGCGAGCGCGGCGGCGGCGACGGCGGCGGCGACGGCGGAUGCGAAGGAAGCGGCGGCGGCGGCGGCGAAGAGACGGGAGGAGACCAAGGCGCGGCGGGAAAAGGCGAACGCGCUCGAUCGGAAGAACCGCGCGAUGCUCGCGGCGAAGCGGAAAAAGUGA